AAGGACAGCUGUUACAAUAUGAUGCAGUGUGUUGCUGCUGGGCAUCAGAUUGUUGCUUUAGCCAAUUUAAGACCUGCUGAAAACACAGGGCAGACUGAUGAAUUGGACAGCUAUAUGUAUCAGACAGUAGGACACCAUGCCAUUGACCUAUAUGCUGAUGCACUGGAUUUGCCACUCUAUCGUGGUUUCAUAAAAGGUACCAGUGUAAAUACUGGAAGAGUAUAUACCACAUGCCAGGAAGAUGAGGUUGAAGAUCUUUACCAUCUCAUGAAACUUGUUAAGGACAAAGAAGGAGUGGAGGGUGUAUCUGUGGGAGCCAUUCUUUCUGACUACCAGAGAGUUCGAGUUGAAGAUGUGUGCAGAAGGCUUAAUCUUCAGCCUUUAGCUUACCUGUGGCAUCGGAACCAGCAAAUAUUGCUUAAAGAAAUGAUAUCAUCUGGCAUUCAAGCCAUAAUCAUAAAAGUGGCAGCUUUUGGUUUAGAUCCAGACAAGCAUCUAGGCAAAACUCUGGAUCAAAUGGAGCCUAUUCUUUCGGAGCUCUCUGAGAAAUAUGGAGUCCAUGUUUGCGGAGAAGGUGGAGAAUAUGAAACAUUCACUCUGGACUGCCCUCUGUUUAAGAAGAAAAUAAUUGUAGAUUCAGCCAAGGUAGUCGUGCAUUCAGCUGAUGCUUUUGCACCUGUGGCCUACCUUCAUUUUUCAAAAUUACACCUGGAGAAUAAGGAGGAAUCUUCAGGUACUUUUGUGAUCAAUAGAUGUCCUUGUGAGAUAAGCUGCACUGACAAUGAUAUUUUCCCUUCAUCAGAAGAGGAUGAACCACAGAAAAACAUUCCAGUCAUCUGGAAGCCUUUGAAACAUAAUUCUUUGGAUUUCACUAAGACAUUUGAAAGUUCAGGAAAAUCCCUGAGUGGUUAUCAGUGGUUUUCGGGUAUCACCGCCCACUUCGUUCCAUCAAAAGACAAAAAUGCUCAAGAUGCAGUGAGGGAAGCAUUUUCUUCACUCAGAGCUAAUAUGACUUCAGAGGGAUUGAAACUGAAGCAUAUUAUUUUGGUUCAUCUAUAUAUGAAGAGCAUGAAAGAUUUCAGUGUUAUAAACUCAGUUUAUGUGACAGAAUUUGAUUUGUGUCCACCAGCAAGAGUAUGUGUGGAAACCCUGUUACCUGAUGGAAUACUGUUUUACAUGGACUGCCUUGCACAUAAGUAUGACAUUGCAACGAGUGAUGUAACACAUGAUGAAAAGAUGGUCAUGCAUGUACAGAGCAUUUCCCACUGGGCACCUGCUAGCAUAGGACCUUACAGUCAGUCUAUCAAGGUAGGGAAUCUUGGUUACUUCAUGUGA